GCUCGUUUCGCUUCUUGUUCCGCUUCCCUCAGACGUAUUCAACCAAUUUUAUAGAAACUGAUGAAGUUCUUGUCAAGGGCAGGGUCAUCUGCUGCCUUAUUUCUACUCGCCUUGGGCGUCUCUAAAACAAAUGCAUUCUAUUUACCCGGUGUCGCGCCCAUCGACUAUGUUAACGGCGAUGCUGUUCCACUUUACGUGAAUUCCUUGACACCAAUGUCGAAUCAACAACUCAAGUCUGUACUUGCAUACGAUUAUUAUGAUCCGCGAUUCCAUUUCUGCCAACCUGAAGGUGGUCCUCAGCAACAGUCCGAGAGUUUGGGCAGCAUCUUGUUUGGUGAUCGUAUUUUCACUUCUCCUUUUGAGUUGUUUAUGGGCAAAAAUGAAAAAUGCAAACGACUUUGCAAAACAUCGGCUAUCCCUAAAGAAGAUGCUCAGUAUAUCAACCAAUGUAUUGCAGACACGUAUGCCCUGAAUUUUGUUGUCGAUGGCCUUCCAGCAGCCCAUAUUGCGAUCGACGAACGCACCAAGGAAGAAUAUUACAAUAUUGGCGUUCGAUUGGGCGAGAAUGAUGGCACUGCCGCUUUAAACAACCAUUACUCGAUCAAUAUCGAGUACCACGAAUUGCCUGGUGAAAAGAAACGCGUGGUUGGUGUGCUUGUUAGCGCAUCCAGUCAUGACACCAAGAUUGAUGGGAAGGGCAACCCUGUCUGUGAUCCGGAUAGUCCGGCUGUGCAUUUGAAGGAAGAUGGUUCUUCUGAGGUUGUCUAUACCUACAGUGUGACUUGGACUCCUUCAACGACUGCAUGGGCUACGCGUUGGGAUAACUAUCUCCACGUGGUUGAUCCUUCGAUCCAUUGGUUCUCGCUGGUUAACUCGAUCGUGAUUGUUCUUUUCUUGACGGGCAUGGUUGCCAUGAUUUUAUUGCGUGCUUUGCACAAAGACAUCUCGCGCUACAAUGCUGUCGAGGCUCAGGAAGAUGUUCAGGAAGAUUAUGGCUGGAAGUUGGUUCAUGGUGAUGUGUUCCGUGCCCCUGCUCGUCCCAUGUUGCUCUCUGUGCUUGUUGGUAGCGGCUCCCAAUUGGUCGCCAUGACCGCUUUGACUCUUGUUUUCGCUGUGCUGGGCUUCUUGUCCCCAUCGAACCGUGGUGCUCUUGCCACUGUGAUGGUUGUCUUUUUCAUGAUCUUUGGCUGCAUUUCCGGAUUUGUUUCCGCUCGUAUUUACAAGAUGAACGGCGGCGACAAGUGGAAGCUCAACAUUUUUUUGGCUGCUACCAUGUUGCCAGGCAUUCUUUUGAGCACCUUCUUUGCUCUGAACUUCUUUCUAAUCGGUUCAAAAUCCUCGGGCGCUGUGCCUUUUGGCACUAUGGUUGCCCUAAUCGGCAUCUGGCUCUUGAUCUCAAUUCCUUUGAGCGCCGUCGGAUCCUACUUUGGUUUCCGCAAAGCCAAGGUCGAACACCCUGUCCGAACGAACCAGAUCCCUCGCCAAAUCCCUGACCAGCCAUUCUACUUGCGCCCUAUCCCAUCCAUCCUUAUGGGCGGUGUCUUGCCAUUCGGCUCCAUCUUUAUCGAACUCUACUUUAUCAUGAACAGCAUCUGGUUCCAUAGAAUUUACUAUGGUAUCGGUUUCUUGUUCUUGGUCUUUGUCGUCUUGAUCUUGACGUGCUGUGAAGUCACAAUUCUGUUGUGCUACUUCCACUUGUGCAGCGAGGAUUAUCACUGGUCCUGGCGCGCAUUUGCAACCGCCGGUGCAGCUGGUGUCUAUGUGUUCUUGUACUCGGCCUUGUACUAUUUCACAAAGUUGGAUAUCAACAGUUUGACAAGCACUGUGCUGUACUUUGGUUAUUCUGGUGUUAUUUCGCUGUUGUGCAGCUUGUUGACAGGUGCUGUUGGUUAUUUGGCCUGUCUGGUCUUCUUGCAAAGAAUCUUUGCUAGCAUCAAGGUUGAUUAAAUCAAUCGUGCUACAUCCUCUAAACUAGAGAAACGCAAAAAAAAAUACUUCUUCGUCUCCGUCAUCUAUAACUUCGCUAGCUAUUCACCCUCACGUCUCUCUCCUCCUCUUCCUCUACCAUACACAGACAUUUGAACAAACACUGUCACGCAUUUCUAACGUAUUAUAUCACAAAAAUAAAGAUAAAAAAAGUGUAAGAUGAUGCA